CUGAACCCGUCACGUGACAUAACAAAGAUGUCUCCGGUCAAAGUUUGAUCUGCAUACGGCUCCACGAUGCAACGGGGAUUUCAGUGAACUUUGGUAUUCAGUAUAAAGUAUAUUUAAUAGUAGAUUACAUUGAAGGUAACAGGCACGUAGUUGAUCUUCCAUGCAGAACCAAUUUCGGGGGAUAAAAAACUGGACUUGACUGAAAGGAUUUCUAUCUAUUUUACGUGUUUCCUGUGCAAUAAAUCGGAUACUAAGUGUCGCAUCCAACUCAUCCGAUGAAGAUGGGAACUGCGUUGAUCUACGAUGAAGAGAUGACCAAAUAUAAACUCCUCUGGGUUGACCCGGUGUGUAAAAUCGAGGUUCCUGAGCGAUUGAUAGUGAGCUAUGAAGCUUUGGUGAAGAGCGGUCUUGCUGAUCGGUGCGUCUCCAUCCCCGUACGAGAGGCAACGGAUGCAGAGAUCCUGUUGGCCCACAGUGAGGAGUAUCUAGAGGCUGUGAAAAAGACCCCGUUCAUGCACCUGGAAGAGCUGAUGACCUUCACCCAGAAGUACGGCGACGUCUACUUCCACCCGAACAUCUACCACUGUGCCAAGCUGGCUGUCGGUGCCACUCUGCAGCUUGUGGACAACGUUAUGACGGGGAAGGUGAGGAACGGCAUGGCACUGGUCAGACCUCCAGGGCACCACAGUCAGUCCAGUGCCGCCAAUGGGUUUUGUGUGUUCAACAAUGUGGCCAUCGCAGCUCAAUACGCCAAAAAACACCACAAGGCAAAGAGGGUGUUGAUCGUGGACUGGGAUGUCCACCAUGGACAAGGUGUCCAGUACUGCUUCGAGGAUGACCCAAGUGUGCUUUACUUCUCCUGGCACCGCUAUGAGCAUCAGAGCUUCUGGCCCAACCUGAAGGAGUCAGACUUUGACAGUGUGGGGAGUGGGAAAGGAGCUGGAUUCAAUGUGAAUGUGCCUUGGAACAAGGUGGGAAUGGGGAACAGUGACUAUUUAGCAGUUUUUUUCCACGUUCUCCUACCUGUUGCGUAUGAGUUCAGCCCAGACUUGGUGUUCAUAUGCGCUGGCUUUGACUCGGCCAUCGGGGACCCUGAGGGUCACAUGUCUGCGACACCGGACAUCUUCGCCCAUCUCACACACCUCCUCAUGAACUUAGCCGACGGCAAAGUGUGUGCCGUUCUGGAGGGAGGGUACAACCUGACCUCUCUGGCUCAGUCGGUGUGCCAGACUGUCCAGACGUUGCUAGGCGAUCCCGCCCCACGUCCGGCCCAACUCGGUGGUGCCUGUGAAAGUGCACUUGAGUCCAUACAUAGUGCCCGGUCAAUUCAUAAGAAGUACUGGUCCUGUCUGCAGCAUGCAGCUGCUCCCUUCCCUGAAGAGCCCAGCUCCAAGAACCGCCGGCCGGCCCAGCAGGGCGGCUCCCAGGGGCCCGAGGGCGAUGCUGGAGGGGACGCCCAGAGGGAGGAGGAGAAGGUGGAGGAGAAAGAGGAAGAGGAGAUAGUGUGGCCCGAGCCUCUUCGGCGCGUCGCUCCGUCCCUCCGCAGCGCUCUGCUUCUCCCCGACGCCGUGGAGUGCCCGGACGGCUGCGCACGCUUCAGCCCUGCCCACGGCCCCGGGCCCCUGGAGAGGGCCCGACUCAGGAAAAGCUACCUCAAAGAGUCGGAGGACGAGGCUAGCGUGACGUUGCUCUACAACCUCACUGCCCUGCUCGGACAAAUGGAGAAAAACGAGAUUCGUAACGGCCUGGCGUUGGUUCCGGAUGUUUCCAUGGCAGCCACACUGCUGACCUCAGCAUCUCUCUCCAAACGGGUAUUGCUGGUGUGGAUGGGAGAAGGGCCGGUCCCAUCUCAAAUCAUUGAGGAUGAGAAAACACUAGUGGUGCACAUCAACAGCAUGGAGCCACACGAAGCACAGUCCAAAUACUACAUUCCCAUCCCACUGAAGAAGGGUUGCGGGGACACGGCGGGCGUCAUGCAGGCCGUGCUGGGUCUGCUGCUGCCCCUGGGAUACCAGUACGAGCCGGGUCUGGUGCUGCUGGCCCGGUUGCCGGGCUACCAGGUGGAGGGGGGCCUCUGGCAGCAGCUCACCUGCCUGCUACAGGGCCUGGCCCUGGGACACACGCUGGUACUGCUGCAGGAGAAUGAGACCGCUCCAGUUGGCAUAACGGCCUCUUGUCUCCUGGGGAACGCCGCCCUCUCUCUGGGGCCCCUGGUUGCCCCCGGGCCGGAGGAUGUGGGGUCCUUUGAGAGGCUGAGACUCAGAUUGCAGACCGACUGGCCCCUACUGCAAACCACCGCACCGGAGAAAAGGAGAAACAAAAUGGACUGCUGAGAAAGUUCUACGAUUCUGAUUUGGAUUUUUCUUGAUACAUCUUAAGAUAUUAAAAACGACUGACAUUUUUUCACAAAUGUCCUGUCUUGGAUUAAAAAAGUACAUUUUGUAACAGUG